AUGGCCCUUCUACCCCCUCCGAACAACUGGCUAAUUCAGGUCGAUUCUAGCCAGGAAGCCAGGGCUAUCCUCAACGAAUUCGCCGCCCAGCAGGGCUACGCUAUCACCGUCAAAAAUUCAAAUUCUUACUCAGCCUACCUAGAGUGCGACUCCAUGUACCAGUCAGCAUUUAAGUUUGUGACACCAAACAUCAUUUGA